AUGGCCUCUUUUCGAGUUUGUUUCCAAACAAUACUGAAAAACCUCUCUGGAGGUAGUGCAGUUAUUGCGCGCUCCCCCACAAUUGCAAUAACCAAUCAAGUUUUCCCAGCUGGUGCAAGGUGCUUUCUGACGACCGCAGGGAACGGUCCUGUUUUCGCGGGAGGGAUCACAGUCGAAGUAAACAGAUCACAUGCAGUCGGUCUACCCUAUACACAGCUCUGUCGAAAAACGGAAUGGAACUCAACAUUGGCCGAAUGGUAUGGCAAAAGAGGUUUUAGACGUGGAAGAUCAAAAGGGCAGGAUAAGUUAACCUCUAAUCAAGACAACGAGAACAAAGGUAAGGACGAAUCCGACCAAACAGAGCGUAACGAGAAACAGGAGGAUGUUACCGAAGAUAGCCAUGAAUCUAGUAAUGAGGGACAAGAUAACAACUCAAGCAACGCUGCAGAAGGAAAGGGAGACGAACAAAGGAUUCAGCGAACAUUACACGUGCUAGAAACAACGCUGCAGAAGCCAUCAAUACCCGAGGUAUAUCCGCAAGUUUUAGCCUUACCCAUUGCUCGUCGGCCACUCUUUCCCGGAUUUUAUAAAGCAGUUGUUGUCAAAGAUCCGAGCGUUACUGCAGCAAUUAAGGAGCUUAUGAAACGCGGUCAACCGUAUGUUGGAGCUUUCUUGUUAAAAGACGAGGAACUCGAUGUUGAUGUAAUCACAGAUAUCUCUCAAGUGUAUAACGUGGGUGUUUUUGCUCAGAUCACAAGUGUAUUUCCAGCAAAUAGUGGACAGGACGAGAAUUCAUUAACGGCUGUUUUGUAUCCUCAUCGGCGUAUACGAAUCUCGGAGCUUAUCCCACCGACUGAUCAUGCAGACCAGGUGCCUGGUGCAGAGAUUGCCCCCACAGAACACGAUAAUGAGCAUUCCGAGGACAAACCCGGGAAAGAAUCGCAGACAGCCUACGUAACAUCAUUCCUUAAGGACUUUCAGGUAUCGCUCGUCAAUGUAGAAAACCUUGUUGAUGAACCGUACAAUCGUAAGAAUCAAGUAAUUCGCGCAAUUACUUCAGAAAUUGUAGCAGUAUUCAAGGACAUUGCAACUUUGAAUCCACUCUUUCGUGAUCAAAUAGCUAGCUUCUCAAUGUCACAGUCGGCUGGUAACGUUUUCGAAGAACCCGCUAAGCUUGCUGAUUUUGCAGCCGCCGUUUCAACCGGUGAACCGCAUGAAUUGCAGGAUGUGCUCGAGAGUCUGCUAGUUGAAGAGCGUUUGCAGAAAUCUUUGCUUGUAUUGAAAAAGGAAUUAGUUAAUGCUCAGCUGCAAAGCAAAAUAAGUAAGGAGGUUGAGUCGAAAAUAGCCAAGAGACAGCGAGAAUAUUAUUUAAUGGAACAAUUGAAAGGAAUAAAAAAAGAACUUGGUAUUGAAUCUGAUGGUAAAGACAAACUUGUGGAGAAAUUUAAGGAAAAGGCUGAGAAACUUACCAUGCCUGAUGCUGUCAAGAAAGUCUUUGAAGAGGAAAUCAAUAAACUCGCUCACCUCGAACCUGCUGCCUCUGAAUUCAACGUUACACGUAAUUACCUGGAUUGGCUGACGCAAAUACCUUGGGGCCAACGCUCACCAGAGAAUUACAAUAUCAAACACGCCAUGAAAGUCCUUGAUGAGGAUCAUUACGGUUUACAAGAUGUGAAGGAUCGUAUUUUGGAAUUUAUUGCGGUUGGUAAAUUACGCGGAACUGUUGAAGGAAAAAUUUUGUGUUUAGUUGGACCACCAGGUGUUGGCAAGACUUCUAUUGGAAAAUCCAUUGCCCGUGCAUUGUCUCGUCAAUUUUACAGAUUCAGUGUUGGUGGCCUCACCGAUGUUGCUGAGAUUAAGGGACAUCGUCGUACUUACGUUGGUGCAAUGCCCGGAAAAGUUGUUCAGGCUUUGAAGAAAGUGCAGACAGAAAAUCCGUUAAUAUUAAUUGAUGAAGUUGAUAAGAUUGGGCGUGGCCACCAAGGCGACCCUUCUUCGGCUUUGCUUGAACUUCUAGAUCCAGAACAGAAUGCCUCGUUUCUUGAUCACUACAUGGACGUGCCCGUCGAUUUAUCCAAAGUUCUAUUUGUGUGUACUGCAAAUAUUGUUGAUACCAUUCCAGGUCCUCUACUAGAUAGGAUGGAGGUCAUUCAAUUAUCUGGCUACGUGGCUGAUGAGAAAGUUGCUAUUGCAUCAAAGUAUCUUGCACCAGUCGCUAAGGAAAUGGCAGGAUUGCAGAAUACAGAUGUUGUUCUUCACGAAGAUGCUAUUGAAUCUUUGAUUCGAUCUUACUGCCGCGAAAGCGGAGUUAGGAAUCUGAAAAAGCAAAUUGACAAAAUUUACCGUAAGGCAGCGUUAAAGAUAGUUAAAGAUAUUGGAGAUGAAGAAUUGCCUUCUCAAGAGUUGGAUGGUUCUUCGACUGAGGGAGAAACACCGCUAUCUUCGAUAGGAGCUGCUAAAGUUGAUGAUGAAGAUAUCAAUGUUACAACUGAAAAUCGCAAACCUCUAGAUGUUCCUUCUAAUAUACAUGUUGAUAUUAAUGCUGAGAAUCUUAAAGAUUACGUUGGUCCUCCCCUAUGGUAUUCUGAUAGACUGUACGAUCAAACACCACCAGGCGUUGUUAUGGGAUUGGCAUGGACUAGUAUGGGCGGUUCUGCUUUAUAUGUGGAGUCCACUUUAGAGUCAAUUCUAACGUUGAAUUCAACGCCAUGUCUGAACAAGACUGGUCAAAUGGGCGACGUUAUGAAGGAAUCGACUGCAAUUGCGUAUACCUUUGCAAAGAGCCUUAUGGCACUUGAAUAUUCAGGAAACAAGUUUUUCGAGAAAGCUGCAAUUCAUCUCCAUGUUCCGGAAGGUGCUACGCCAAAAGACGGACCGUCGGCUGGUAUAACAAUGGCAACAUCACUUCUUUCUCUUGCUUUCCAGAAACCAUUGGAUCCGACAAUUGCAAUGACGGGUGAAUUGACACUCACCGGCAAAGUUCUCAAAAUUGGCGGUCUACGUGAAAAAGCUGUAGCUGCUAAGCGAUCGGGAGUGACUACAUUAAUCUAUCCGGAAGCCAAUCUCAGCGACUGGGAAGAGCUUCCGGAAAAUGUGAAAGAAGGUCUCAAGGGUGUACCGGUUGCUUGGUAUAGCGAUGUAUUCAAUGUGGUAUUUGGUGAUAUAUCAAAGGAGUAUGCGAAGAACGUUUGGGACACUAUGAUUAAUCAAGUAGAACAAGAAGUAGCUGUGACAAAGACUAGAAAAGAAGAGCAAGAAUUUGUAGAUCGUUAA